UGAGUUCGAAUCGCGUCGCGACUGGAAGUCAGCACUGCUCGGUUUGUCGUUUCUGGGCAGAGUAAAACUAGCCGGCUCGAAAGAUGCCCCACCGGUCAACACAUGCACGGUAGAGUGAAAGAGAAAGGCAGACGAAAGAUAUUAAGGGGCCCGAGCCCGAGGAAAAGCAGACAAAAAAGGAGGAAAAUUAUAGCUUUACAGUGCUUUCAGCGGAUUCCGUGUCGAGCAGUCGCGUUCCAGCCCGAACGAGUGUCGGGUUUUUUAGAGUGCGGUGUUCAAUAAAAUUUUAUAUACUUCAUCGUAAUCGUUUAUCACACUUGGUGAGUGAAGGCAGUGAAAAACGGAAGCAGCAGGAAAAAUCACCGAUCAGCAGCGAUCGAUUUCGGGCAGAGCAAAAAUUCAAGUUAUUUAUCUUUCAAUAUGAUUUUAUUUUAUAGUUUUGGUUAUAUUGUUGCUAUCAAUAUCCUAUCUGAUAAUGCGAAACCAUAGUAACACAUGUAAAAACAAUAAUGAUCUAUUAAACAUUUACAACUCUGGUGCUCAGAGCAAGAAACAAAGCGGUGAUGAAAUGCUAAAAAGUUUAAUAUGUGUAAAUUUAACACAUCAUAAUGAUCGUAAAAAUAAAUUUAUAAGCGGCGUAUACGUUGUGUAAAAAUAGGUAAACAACCUUUAAAAUGGCAUUACAUAACAAAUUUGUUGAGUUUUAAUUAUGAUUGUCAUGUUAGUACAAUACUUCUACAUUUGUGUAGUGGCGAUAAACUAUGAAGGUUUAAGUGACAUAACAAGUAGAGACAAACGAAAUUAACUGUCGGAUGAACACAUAAUAUUGAAGUUAGUGACCUAAGAAAAAAGUUUAAGCGACCGGUUGAGUGAUGAUUAUAAAAAAAGACUGUAGAGACAACGAGGAGGAAAAGUUGAAUAUGAAAAGAAAAAGUAAUGACAACCACUACCCAUCGCUCAGAGUGAGUGAUUUGAUCAUACGAAAGAAUAUACCAAAUAUACUCGGACGAAACAGCAUUCUGGCCAGUGCGGCUUACGGGUCGCACGCUGCUGCCGGGGCCUGGUGGGGGCAGCACUCCCAUUCAGUGCACGCAGCUGGUGCUGCCAUGUACGAGGACCCUUCCGGUGGCCAUGGAAGUGUUGGCGGUAGGAGUCCACCGUCCCUACAGAAUAACACCCACAGCACAAACCAUAUCGUACAGCAGCAGCAACAGCAGCAGCAGCAGCAAAGCCAACAACAAGCUGCAGUACAGCAGGCCCAACAGCAGCAGCAAGCUUCGGCACAGGUGCCAUCCCAAGUUUCGUCUCAACAGACAAACUCCUCCUCCACUGGCCAACAAAACAGUUCCGUUGUGUCCUCCCAGACUCAGAUUGUGGCACCUUCUACGGCCAGUGAAUCCCCUGCUAGUGUGAGCUCCCAACCUUCAGGCCCUAUUCAUAUACCAGCAAAACGUCCAGCAUUUGAAACCGAUUCGUCCCGCCUGCGGCAUUCGUAUCCGUGGGGCUACGACUCAGGUGCCGAUUCCGCGUACCAUCCGCAGUAUGGGCCGUACGGCCUCGGAGCUGACAUCAAGCCCAUGUACUAUCCGGGUUACCCGACCGAGGCCAACUUUCAGCCACACCAUUACUAUCCAAAGUACGAACCAGACGCGUAUAUUGCCUCCACCGAACGAACACGGGCAGUGACAGCGGACGCACCGUCGAUUCAAUCCAGCUACGAUACGUAUAAUGCUACGGGACUGCGGCCGUACAGUGAAACAUAUCCUACUCCUGUUGGUUCAAGUCUCUCGGUAGGAGUAAGUGGCGUCGGCUCCUGUACACCUUCCAACCCCCUUGAGUGGACUGGCAACGUGACGGUGCGGAAGAAGCGAAAACCUUACUCAAAAUUCCAGACGCUAGAGUUGGAAAAGGAGUUCCUAUUCAACGCCUACGUUUCAAAGCAGAAACGAUGGGAGCUGGCUCGCAAUCUAAAUCUCACUGAAAGGCAGGUAAAAAUAUGGUUCCAGAAUCGAAGGAUGAAAAACAAGAAAAACUCUCAGCGACAGGCGGCACAGGUUAACAGUAGCAGUAGCAGCAGCUCCAGUCAUAACCACGCCCAGCAGCAAUCACAUCAUAAUUCGCACCAUCUGAAUUUAGGACUGGGCAUGCCUCUGCAUGGUUCGAAAAUGCAUCAGUGACCCAUGGAGCACCAUCAGGACGACGCUAAUGGACAGCUGAAAAUGGAAAUGUGUGACGUCCCUACCGCUCCAAUGUGCAGCCACAUUCCACAUCCUCAUCUGAUCAACUAUCAUCAUUAAAUUGAUGGAUGCCGUUUCCGGAAAAUAUUCUGCAACAACGAACGAACUGAAAGGCAGAUACAUCGGAAUGGACACGGCUUAAAUGUUGCGAACACAAGAAAGGUGUUUAAUUGUGGCAAACAUUGGAGCUCUCCUUGAUAAUACGUAACAAACGCGCUAUUAAUAACGUUCAAGCAAGGCCGCCAAUAUACAGCUUCUGCAGAGUGUCGUCGGUAUGUGGGAAAAAGCAAACUAAACCAUACAUUAAAUAAAUCUAUAGAACAUAUUGAAUGUAAAUAGUACAGUUAAGGUAAACGAGUGAGUUAUAGCAAGAAGGUAGUUUUCUACUUCGUGAGAAAAUGAAAAGAGAAUGUAAUAAAAGCAGUAAAAGUUAGUGAUUAAAUAGGACAAGACAAAAUUCAUUACUUGAAAUUGGUGAUUAAAUUGAGACAACAAAAUAUGAAAAUGGGUAAUUUUGAUCCCUUGGUUAUAGGAAAACGUACAAGUUAUUUAUCUCGUAGAACACUAAUGUGAAAAAAUGAAACUAAGGCAAAAUGAUGUGAUUAUAAUUUUAGUUAAACCUAUGUUUGUCCUUAACUUUCCUCUAUCUUUUGUGCAGUCAGGAGGUGUAAGAGUUUCUCAAUUUGAUUUUUGCUCAUUGUUUUAGUUAGAGCAGACGACGUUGCUAACAUCCGUUUCCUAAAAGAAAUCUGCAAAACCUCGACACAUUCUUGUCGCACACCUAUUCGUCGACAUUGUAGCCCACAUCAGAAAAUGCUAUGUCAAGUGUAAUCUAGAGUCAAUCGAUAGCAGAAGAUCUUGUAUUAGUUUUAUAAUAUGAGUUGAAAUAGGAAAAUUUACCAGAAAGAUACCAGUUUUUGUUUUGUUUCCGUUUUGGACUGAAACUAUUUGUUCAAAAUAUAACUUCGGUAGUAUCAUUAAAAGCGCAAAUUUUGAAUCAAUGCAAUAGUUAUGGUUACUGUUCUUAUUAUUUGUUAUUAGAAAAAAAUCUUUGAAGAAAAUUUAGCAGGAUCUUUAAUACAUAUGAAAAUUAAGGUCAGUUUAUCCGAGUUUUACGGCAUUCAAGAUUUUGGUCAAAUUUGAUUUGUUGAGGUUUUACAUACAACAUUUUUUGUUAAGCUGAUUUAAAAUAAAUGUGUUCCAUUAAAACUGUUUUUGCUCAUAUAUACACCAUACAAGUUACUGCUGUACUUCUACCAGUAAGAAAUAAACCAAAAAAAACAUCAAACCGUGAAUAGACUCAGAAGGUCAGAGCCUGGAAGCGCAAUCCUAGAAACUGCCUCUUUUAUUUUUUUCCGUUGUUUUGUAUGAAAAGUGUUUAGUAUGCAUUAAUACUUUAGGAGGAAAAACUACCGGGAUGAUUGCAAAUUUCUUCUAUUCUAAUAAACAAUACUAAUUUAUGUAUUCUUAUUAUUUGUACAUAUACCAUUAGGACAGCCGUUUUAGAUUUAGUAAUAAUAAGAUUAGUGUAAGAGUAAUAGUGCUAAAAUAGUGUUAUGUAUUUUCAGAUAAAUGAGAAACUGUUCGACAAGCAGAGCAAAACAUCACAUUUUAUAUAUAUAACCAACAAAACAGUUUAGUGACAUUAUAAAAUGUGCUCAAAUUUUCACGUAAAACCAAGAACAUAAUUUUAGUAAUGAUGAUAUUAGAAAAAAAUCUGGUCAUGAAUGAUCUAAACAAAGUAACAAAAUCGUACUUUCGAAUAACCGCUACUGAUUAUGAGAAGCUAUUCUCUUUCCCAGCCAUAAUGGUUCCGUUUCAAAACCGUACUAAAACAUUGGAACUUACACCCAGUAAUAUUGCAUCAGAACAACAAACCUCUCAAACGAAUUUCCGGAAGAUAGCUAUUGAAAACCACAAUUUCUCUUUUUAAUUUACUUUGAAUAACGCGUUUUCAGAAACAUUUUUAGAUUCUUCUAAAAGUGUUACAUGAUAUGCAAAUAAUCAUAGUAUUUCGAAAACAUAGGAGGAAUAAUGUACAUAAUUCUUUUCGAUUAAAGACAGUACUAAAAAUUCAAACUUUUUGCAGAUAGCAGCUACUGUUUGAUGAAUAGUAUUUAAACGGAGUUCAGCAAUUGUCAAUAGUGAACCCAACUUGAACGUUCAUCAAAACUGAAUAUAAGCAGGUGAUUGCAAGUGAAAAUGAGUUGAGAUGAAAUGGAUAACUGAUGUAAUAAGAAUACAUUUUAACUAUUGUAAUUUAAAAUUAAUUAGU